AUGCCUUCAGAAGGUUACAAGACGGAGCUGAAACUCGUGUCGUCGGCCAACGACGUCUGGGGCGCAAUCUUCGCCGCCACCAGAAUCUACCCGGCGGUCCUUCCCGACGUCUACGAAGAAAUCACGUCCACCAGGCGGGAUGGUUACUCCGAAGGCUCGAUGCGGAAGAUCACGUAUAGCCCAGGUUUCAAUAAGGCGGCGAGGAUGGCGAUGGAGGAGAUCACCGACGUGGACCACGAGACGAGGACGGUGAGCUGCUCGGUGGAGGACGGGGAGUUUGUGACCAAGCACUACCGGAGCUUCGAGACCACGACGACGGUGGCGCCGCUGCCGAGCAACGAGGGGCCGAGGGAGCCAGGGUGUAUUGUGAGGUGGAGUUGUUCGUACGUCAACGCUGCGGGGAGCUUGAGCCCUGACGUGGUCAAGGAUCUGAUGAACAAGACCUUCGAGGGCUUAGACAACCAUCUCCAGAAGCUUAUUCACUCCAAAACAGCACGAUCCUGACGUGGUUACGGAUAUGAUGAACAAGACUUUAGUGUUUGAAUUCAAUAAAUGAAUGUUUGUCUUCUUGAAUAAUGAUUUUAAACACGG